GGCCGCUCAGCCGCGCGCCGAGCGGUCGAUCGCCGUCGCUCCCGCAGCCUGCGCUUCCCCGCUCUGUGGCUCCACCCGCCAUUGUAGGCCAAUAAUCCGUUAUGGAGCGUGCCUUUACCCCGUUGGAGCCCCUGCUUUCCACUGGGACUUUGAAGUACUGCCUUGUAAUUCUUAAUCAGCCUUUGGACAACUAUUUUCGUCAUCUUUGGAACAAAGCUCUUUUAAGAGCCUGUGCUGAUGGAGGUGCCAACCGCUUAUACGAUAUCACCGAAGGAGAGAGAGAAAGCUUUUUGCCUGAAUUCAUCAGUGGAGACUUUGAUUCUAUUAGGCCUGAAGUGAGAGAAUACUACGCUACUAAGGGAUGUGAGCUUAUUUCAACUCCUGAUCAAGACCACACUGACUUUACUAAGUGCCUUAAAAUGCUCCAAAAGAAGAUAGAAGAAACUGACUUAAAGGUUGACAUGAUCGUGACGCUGGGAGGCCUUGCUGGGCGUUUUGACCAGAUUAUGGCAUCUGUGAAUACCCUGUUCCAAGCGACUCACAUCACUCUUUUUCCAAUUAUAAUAAUCCAAGAGGAAUCUCUGAUCUACCUGCUCCAACCAGGAAAGCACAGACUGCAUGUAGACACUGGAAUGGAGGGUGAUUGGUGUGGCCUGAUUCCUGUUGGACAGCCUUGUACUCAGGUUACAACCACAGGUCUGAAGUGGAACCUCACAAAUGAUGUGCUUGCUUUUGGAACACUGGUCAGUACUUCCAAUACGUACGACGGGUCUGGUGUUGUGACUGUGGAAACUGACCACCCACUCCUCUGGACCAUGGCCAUCAAAAACCAACCUGUCAACUGGCGCCCAUAAGCAUGCCUCUGCCUCACCUCAUUUGUCAACAGUUCAUUGCUCAAUAAGAACGAUUCACCUGGGUUUGCAGAAAUCUAAACCCUUCUAGGGGAAGUCCAUGGGUUUAAAGAUACUAGGGUUUAGAUAAUACAGGUAACAUAAAUAACAGACGUCAAUUUUAUAGUGGUGGGAAAGAUACAUGCUAAGAAAGCAGAUAAACUAACAGUUGGAACCUACUGGGGAUCAUUCCACUAUACAAUUCAGUACUGAUUAUUAUUCUUAUGUUAUUAAUCAUUCAGGAAAAUUGUUUUUAAUUUGAAGCAGAGAAAAUUCUGUUGGGGUUCCUCUUGGAGUCUAGAACAUCCUUAAAUGUCUAACGACAAGGGCUACCUCUGAGUAUCUUUUAGUUUUCAUUUUCUAUAUACAUUACCUUUUGCUUGAAAAAAAAAAAUUCCUUUCAGAUUGGGGUGUUAGAGGUGAACCAGGUCACUCUGACCUUAUUGCUGUCUUUGGUAUUGUCUUUUUUAAAUCAAUCAAGAAUCAUUUACCUAAUUCCUAACAUAAUUUUUUAUUAACAUCUUAACAUGAUGAAGUUAAUAAUUGACCUAAUUGUUAAAUUUUAAAAUAGGUAGUUAUGUAAGGAAUAGGUAAAAAGAGAAACGAUGUGAAGGGUAAAUGAUGGUUCAUGGAGCCCUACUCACACAUUAACCCCCAAAUUCAAAAUAAGUCAGCAAAAGCGUAGGGGGCUGACAGUCCCAUCAUCACAACCUAGAUGGAAAAAGUUGUGCAGAGGAAACUUAAGCAUAAAAAUUGAAUCACUAUCUAGCAUACCUUAGACUGAAAAUUGUUGGUUUGAAGACCAGACGUGAAUUCACAUGACCAGAAAAUGAGUUUGUCUGUGGGAUCCAUGAACAUCACAUACUAAGGAGCCUAACUCCAAAGCCUGCGCUCUCCUCCCGGUCUGCGUUUCCAGACACCUUUCCUUACCUGCAAAAUGGAAGCAGUUGGACUGAUGGUGUCUGAGGUUCUUCCCCACACUGAGAUUCUGAAUACUGACACUUAGCAGUCAUAGGACUGAUAAUACACACAGUUUCUGACUUAGCCUAAACAACCUGGUGCCUCAAAAUGUAUUCACCUUUCUUUUGUAAAGAGACCAUAUUCUAUCUUCUUUCCACUUUUCUCUGUUUUAUAAAACCAACAAUUGACAUACAAACCGUGAUUGAAGAAGGACCUGUCCAACAUGUUUUAUGUACACAAAUCCUUAUGUUGCUAUAAGAAAAGUGACCAGCAGCUAUUUUCUCCUUGGUGCUAUGACAGUGUAACACUCAGGUUGUCUGUAGAGAAUGAGGAGCAAUGGCCCACGUGACUGUGGCAUUUUUGGCACUUGUCAUUACUUUCUGCUUAACUGGAAGUUGAGGGUCAGCCGUAUUUCCAUCUUCAGUUUCUGAAGACCAGUUAUAUAUUCAUUACUAGAAAUAUAUUCAUAAUAUAUAAAAGAAAUAUAUCUAUAAUUUAAAAAUUUUACUACCAAAGAAUGCAUGUUAUAUUUGCCCUGAAAAUGUUACCCGUGUCAAUAAAUGGAUACUUA